UCUCUCUCUCUCUCAAUCUCUCUCUCCCCCCCACCAUAAUCUCUCCUUCUCUCUCUCUUUUACACACUGGGACACAACUGCUAGUAACACCGGCAGAACUAAGGGGAGCGAAAGACAACUAGCGAUCUCGAUAAAAGCAAAGGGUGUCCAACUCUGCAAAGAGGACAAGGCACGGAACGGCUCUGACCGGCGGCCCGGCACAAGCAGACUGAUGCGGCACGUUAACAGACAAACCGACUGACACUCAGACCAAACAGACAACCUUAAAGGCACUUAAUCACACUCCGGGGCCGAUUGACCGAUAAGCGGCCUGACUGACUCAGGUACUACCAAAGUGUUGCGAGACACGCUUAUCAAGAGACGCAGUACACGGCCCAGCACACUGACGCGCUGAAAGGGGUCCAGUAUAAAUGGCUGACAAGCAGAUAAGUUUGCCUGCCAAGUUGAUCAAUGGGGGCAUUGCAGGGCUGAUCGGGGUGACCUGUGUGUUUCCCAUAGACCUGGCCAAGACCCGCCUCCAGAACCAGCAGAAUGGGUCACGCCUCUAUUCCAGCAUGUCAGACUGCCUUAUCAAGACCAUCCGAUCGGAGGGCUAUUUUGGGAUGUACAGAGGGGCAGCAGUGAACUUAACCCUGGUGACGCCGGAGAAGGCCAUCAAACUGGCUGCAAAUGACUUUUUCAGACACCACCUCUCCAAGGAUGGUCAGAAGCUCACCCUCCUAAAAGAGAUGCUGGCUGGAUGUGGGGCCGGGACAUGUCAGGUCAUUGUUACUACUCCUAUGGAGAUGCUGAAGAUUCAGCUGCAAGACGCUGGACGACUCGAGGCCCAGAGGAAGUUAAUGCCCGAGGCAGCGGGGAAGUCCGUGGGAGCCAAGUCUCCCACAGCUAUGCAGCUGACCCGCGAUCUGCUGAGGAGUAAAGGCAUCGCAGGACUCUACAAAGGGCUGGGAGCCACACUGCUCAGGGAUGUGCCCUUUUCCGUCAUCUAUUUCCCUCUCUUUGCCAACCUGAAUGACCUGGGCAAGCGUGGUGCUGAGGGUCCUGCUCCCUUCUACGUGUCCUUCAUCUCAGGCUGCAUUGCAGGCAGCACGGCUGCUGUGGCUGUCAACCCUGUGGAUGUAAUAAAGACCAGACUGCAGUCUCUAACGCGCGGGAGUGAGGAGGACACGUACUCUGGGGUGACAGACUGCAUCAGAAAGAUCCUUCAACGGGAGGGUCCCACUGCCUUCCUGAAGGGGGCGUAUUGCCGAGCCCUCGUCAUCGCCCCCCUGUUUGGCAUCGCUCAGGUGGUCUACUUCCUGGGUGUAGGGGAGUUCAUCCUCAGCUUCCUUCCAAAACGGGGCAAUUAACCCCCUCCUCUCCCCCUUCCCAUCAUGCAAUGCACCAGCUGGGGCCCCUACCGCAGUGGAAUGGGGGGGGGGGGGGCUUACUUGGGGUCCCAGCACAUUGAAGACCAGCUGAGAUCUGUGUAAUAGUGUAUUAUUGAAUGUUGUGCUUUUUUGGAGCGAGUGUAUGUGGGAAAUUUGUUUGCCAAGCUGCAUUGGGUGGGGGAGACAGGGGUGGCUUCUGAUUGGCUAGCGUGCCUGCCAGCCUGUAAUGUCACUGUAAUGCCCCCACCUCAAUCACCUUAUUCAUCUAAUUAAUCAAUGUGAUAUUAUCAAAACUGCCACGUGAUCAAAUGCUGCCCCACACAGGCAACCAUCUCAGUUUCUGUAAAACACCCAGUUUCUGCAGACGGAAGCGUUAAACCAUCGAAGCACUCAGGUCGGUCAGGCUGAAAAACGGCAGCAUAACGGUGCAUUUCUGUUCACUUUUUGCGGGAAUCAGAUCAUUAAAUGCAACAGGUACUUAAACUCAGCAGGCCUAUGAACCAGCCAUGCAAAGGAAUCUGGGCAGAAUGCAAUCCACGAUGCAACCUAGCAUGCGCUGUAGGCGGGCGGCUGGCUCGACUUGUAGGAGUCGUCCGCUAGCCUUGCAGAGGACCUUGCUCAUUAUAGCGUCCCCGAACUCUGGGAAAUUUGUUUCCCUCUCGGAAAAAGUAUGUUGGGGAGAUGGGAACACAAGUGAGACUUUAAUGUGGGACGUCUAUAUGAUCGUACUACAUGGGCACUGGGUCCAGCGAUGAGAAAGCAGGCAGCUUCAGGGUUCAAGUUUUUCUUGUUAGGCUUAUUAUGUGAGAACCAAACAGGACAAGUUCUAGGAGGCUGCGAACAGAAGAAGCACUGAACCACAGCUUGAGCCGACGGCUUUACUUUUGCAAGAAAUCUCCUCAGGAGUCAAGAAAUUUGGUAAGGGAGACUUGCAAGUCAGAUAGUCUGCCCCCUGGUGGUGGAGAUAAUCGUUACUUAAUUGAUUGAUGACACCUCCCUUGCUGCUUUACAGGCAUGCCAGUACCACCCACACUAAGUAGCUGUGACAGAAUCUGCUUUUCUGAUUGGAUGGAUUUUUUUUCCCUUUGUUGCGCCUGUUUAAGUGCAGUUAUCAGUAGGCAGACCAGGCAGGUUUAAACCCUUUGAAGGAGCUAACUUAUAUGUAAUGGGACCAGAGCCAGAAAUCGACAUUGUGAGUUUGUCCGCCUGUCUGGAUGUCGGUACAUGUAGACCUAGCUGGAGCUAAACGACGCUGCUGGCUUGGGAUGUGUCGCAUUUUAACGUCACGACUGCAUUGUGAUCAUGAAGUGCAAUUUGGCAAUAUGCUAUCAUGUCGUGGAGCAGAAUCAGCUUGUCUAUAUAUCGAUCUCUUGUUUUUCUUAAUAUCUCUAUAUAUUUGUAUGUAUCACCUUAUUGGGUCUAUCUGCGUGUCCACAUAUAGUGUAUAUGUGCAGAGAUGACACAGAUUUUUAGCUGUGUCCUCUUGUUGUUGUUAUUUUGAAUGUGUAGCUUAUUUGCACAGCUACCUCUCCCAGAUCCCGACUCGGUACUUGCUGUUGCGCCUUGUAACAGCAGAAAUCGAUGGGGACAGUGAUUCCUUACCACGUACUGUGUAAGAAGGCAGGUGGAACAUUAAAAGCAAUUCCCUAAAUCCCGAAAGAACCCCCCCCCCCCGAGUCUCACCGCUGCCAUUGAGGGGGUUAGGGCUGGAGGGUGGGGCUGCCACAGUUUUGGCGAUUAGGAGUCGCUACAAGGCUUCCCCAGUAACUCGGGCACUGGAGCCAAAUCCUCAUGCCAGACACCCAUCAUGUGACCAGUUUGCAAAUCCACACAAAUGAUAGCCAGUACAAUAAGGCGUAGGUUCCGUAUAUCUAAUCAUACAUGAUUAAGUGGCAUUUUUGCUUGAUUACCUAUUUGUAUAAUGUCUCUUUGGGUGCAAUUUCAGAUGCAUUGAGUAUAAGCCAUGGGGGGGGGGGGUGCUGUGUGCAGCUCCAGCACUGUUCCCGUCACCUGACAUGUGGGUGUGUCCUUUUUAGACUCCUCCUCCCCACGAGCAUGCUGACCAAACAGGGGAGGUGCUCAUGUCAAUCAUCUAGUAUGCAAGGCUAAGUUGGGACCAGUCAGGAUUAAGACAGGGAAAACGGCUGAAUUUCCCGUGACCUCCCAGUGACCCCAGUUAUACUGUUAUGGCAUUUAUGAAUAUUCCAUCUGCAGGCUCAUCUCAUAUUAGCAUUGUCAAUAUCGUUAUUGAUAUUCUUAUUAGAGCUCCUUAGAUGUUAGGGCAUACCCUUUAAGUGUGAUGACAUGUCGAUUUGUUUCCUGCUCUGUGAAUGUGAACAGAAUAUGUGAAGAUGUUGUGGUGACCGGCUGUGUUUUCAUGUGUUUUUAUGCGUGUGUUGGUUUGGUGCCGUACUAAUCCGUGCUCCAUGUUUAGCUUUGGUGGGGAGGGGUCUUGCAGGGGGUGGGGCACACAAGCCCCACCCACCCAUCCCUACCCAUCUUUGCCCCACCCCCCAAUUUCACUCCCUCUUACGGAGGACCUAAACACCAAAAACACCCCAACAAAAAUUCAGAAACAAUAGAUAUUGCUGUAGGAAAAGCACAAGGACAAGUGUGAGAGACGAGCACAGAAGCGUCACUGAAGGUGAUCCCCUUUCAGCCUGCAAAACAAUCAUCCCCAUGCAGGGACAGCACACAACAAAGCAGGAUAUGUAGGGAUGAAACAGGCACUAGUUUACAGCUUGUAGUUGUAGAUGCUACUUUUACAGAAUGUAAAACGGUGACGUUUUUUUGGGUUUACGGAAGUGAAAUAGUCAUUCAAUCCUGGCGCUUUUUCUAUAGACUAUUUAUGUAUAUAUAUUCUACAUAAAUCUCUAUGUAAUACCUACGUAUUUAUAAAUGAUAAGUUAGAUGGGAGAAUGUAUCCAAUAUUAGGGUAGUACUGUAUGAAUAUUGUUGAUUAGUUUUGAUUAGAUGUUGCCCGGGUAACGCUCAUCAUCCGCUCAAUGUUCUGCGUUGAGGGAGCAGCUUAUCCGAGACGUCUGGAAUACUUUGUACGCAAGACCAAAAGCGGCACACCUAAGCAGUCGUACACUAGACGGGGCUUCAGCUUCCGGUCCCUCUGCUCCCCCUCUACCUUCCUCCAAGAGGAAUCGUGCAUCGGAGCACUUUAGAAACACAGUGGCCCCUCAUGUCUGAUGGAGGGAGGGGGGUGUUGCAGAACAGUUAUGUGUAUGUACGUGAGUUUGUAUGUGUGUGUGUGUGUGUAUGUGUGAAAGAGAAACGGAAGCACUGCAUUGUGAUGUCAUCGUGACCAUGUGAUGAAUUCAAAUGAAACAGACUAACAGUGCUGUUCCUUUGACACAGAUUGAUGUCCAAUUAAAUGAAAUGAUUAUGUG